UCUGUGGGUCUGCAAAAGCCUUACUUUACAUUCUACCACCACCCCGCCCGCUCUCUGGGACUGACCCCAUCAAUGGAGCCCAUCGAAGCCGGCCUCGAAGCCGAGCCGUGACCGAUGCGGCGACCGACCUCGAAGCUCGCGGGAAGCCAUUCUGUACAACACGAGAGCUUGAUUUCAUGUAGUGAAAUCCGUGCAUCUUCUGGUGUAAAUUUUCCUGCCUUUACCUUUCUUUCCAACCCCUUGUUCCCUGCCGCAUGUGCCCAUGAUUUAACGCUCGUUCUUCCCAUCACCUCAUCCUCUGGUUGUCCCCCUUAUUACUCUUCUUCUUUUUAUUUUCUAUUUUUUUUUUGGAAAGCAUUUGUCAUGGUGUUGAUACCCUGCUCUGAUGGUUGUUUUUACGUGGAAAACAAGAGGACCUGUGAGCAGAGUGCCGGGUACGAUCCUCCAAGGGCGAUGGAUCAGUGACGAACCGGGCGAAAACGGGUCACGGUCCUGGAAUCCUGCUUGCGGCCUACCAUUGUGAUUAUUGUGUAAAUAGCGUCUUCCCUUCUCUCUGGGCAUAGAUGAAAUGAGUACUCCACCUUUGUUAGACCCGUCAUGGCCCGAUGUCAGAUCUCUAGAUAAG